AUGACGUCUGUCGGCACCGCAUUGACGCGCACCUCCUCCACCGACUCCUCCGCAAUGUCCAACAUCAUCGUGGCACGCGCGGUGGAAGACGACAGCGCCUCCGAAGGUAUUUCCGCGUCCACACCUCCUACCAGCCUCACAGACAGUGGCAGCCUGGGCUCGGCCAAAGCCACGACCGACACCCUAGACACCAUCCACGAGGAAAGGCUGCAUCGGCCGAAACGGGCGAGAUCGAGCGUGUCCACGUACAACUUGGCGAAGCUGGCGGAGCAACAGCUCGACACGGCCCCCGGCAGCCGCAACGUCUCGGGCCUGACCGGCAAGACUCUAGUCGACGAUGACGAGGAUGAAUACGCGGCGAUGGGCAGCAAAGUAGACAAGGACAUCGACUCCUCCGGAGACGGCCCCUCCAAAUCAGCGGAGCUUCCGCAGAGACGCUCGCCGCGAAAGCUACAGCGAAGACCCACGGUCAAGGACCGGGUGAAGAAGGCGGCGGGAAAGGUCACCUCGGUCCUGGGCAAGCGCGGUCGCGAUGUUGUGCAAGCAGGGAAGCGGAAGCUGGGAAUGCACGAGGCGGAGGCGGACCCACAAACGAAGAAGGUGCUCAAGGAACUGGACAUGGGCUCCAAGGGCAUCCUGGACGAGAUGGACCUCAGUGACGACGCAGGCUACUUGCCGCCACCGCGGCCCGCAAAGAAAGCCAGACUGGAUUCCAACGUGCUGCAAGACACCAAACAAACCGUGCCCACUGCGCCGCCCCUCAAAAUCACGUCUGGCAAAGCGGUGAAGAAAUGGCAGCAGGAAGGGCUGUAUGUGGGUCAGGACACCCACGCCGAUCCCACGCAGAGCGGCAGCCGCAAGAAGCUGCAGAAGAAACGACCGACAUCAUCCGCCUCCGAUCUCACCCCGGACAACACCGGCGAAGAACCAACACCCCGCAAGACAUUCAUGCCACUCCCCAUGUUCAAGUAUCUCGACAGCACCCGCAACUUCACCAUUCCCUUCGACAUCUACGCUCCCUCGGCUCGCAAGGGCGACGAGAAGCCGAAAGACUGGCACAAGCUGAACCGCAAUCGCCUGGUCGGCGAGGCGAAGGAGCUGUGGGAGAAGGCGGAGAAGCUGCCGAACUCCGCAUGUGUUUGUCGCACUCCGUCAGAGGACGAGCAGGGCUGCGGAGACGACUGCCUGAACCGGGUGAUGCAGUACGAGUGUAAUGACGACAACUGCAAGUUGCCCGCGUCGCUGUGCAGCAACCGCGCGUUUGCCGAGCUGGCCGCGAGGACGAAGAAGGGCCGGGCGUUUGAUGUGGGAGUCGAAGUGGUGAAGACGGGGAAUCGCGGCUUCGGUGUGCGUUCUUGUCGUACCUUCGUACCCGGCCAGAUCAUCAUGGAGUACACCGGCGAGAUCAUCUCCGAAGGCGAAUGCCAGCGCCGCAUGGCCGAGGAUUACAAAGACAAGCAAUGCUACUACCUCAUGGAGUUGGAACGCGGGCUCAUCAUUGAUGGCACAAAGGGCUCGGUUGCGCGAUUCAUCAACCACUCCUGCUCCCCGAACUGCGAGGUUCGCAUGGUGAAGGUCAGCGGGACGCCUCGCAUGGCGGUGUUCGCCGGGGAGGAUGGAGUGAUGACGGGCGACGAGCUCACGUACGACUACAACUUUGACAAUUUCGGCGCGACGAAGCAGCUGUGCUAUUGUGGGGCGUCCAACUGCCGCGGCACGCUGUCCAAGCGUCUCAACGCUGCGGAGCAGAAGAAGCUGGCUCGGGAAGAAGGCGAGCGGAGGCGCAAAGCGGCGGAAGAGGCGAGGAAGAUUGCAGAGGCGGAGGCGAAGAAGAAUUUGGUGAAGAAGGAGAGGGGUUCGGGAUGGAGGGGCUGGGUGGCUGUCGACGAUCCCGAGACGAAGGAGAAGCUGAAGCGCGAGAAGAAGGAGCGCGAGGAGGCGCAGAAGUCUUCCGAGCGGGCGAGGAGGUUGGCGGCGAGGAUGUCGGGGACACCGAUGAGUGCCAGCAAGCGAAAGGCCAGCGCACCCCUUCCCAUUGCCGAGAAGAAGGAUGCGAAGAGGAGGAAGACGGUGCAUGCAUUGGAGACGGUGGCCGCACCCAUGCACGAGGAAAUCGAGGUCGCGCAGCCGGCGCGGAAAGUCUCGCACAUCCGCACCGUGUCCACGAGCUCCAAGUUCACGGAGGAGUUUCAUCUUCACGAGCCAGAAGUCUCCGUGAGCACCACCACCACUGCCGAGGAAGUCCGCGAAGAGACUCGGUUGCUGGACGAGAAUGUGGCGAUGACGAACGGAACGGAGGAGAAGGAAGCGGGCAGGGGUGGGGAGGCGAAGAGCGGGCUGUCACGCACCGCCAGCAAAGGCAAGGAGGCUCUGAAGCAGGUCGGACUGGCUGUUAAGGGCAGCUUGUUGGGGCUGGAUAGGAAUCGGCCUGCCUUGGGGUCGGGCAAGUUCCGGCAGAGCACGCUUUCCUUUGGCAAGCUUGGUUAG